AUGGGCAAAUCAAAGAGCGAUGUGGCCCGGCCUCGGUACGACGACGCAACGGGAAUAUGGCGGGAUGGCAAAAUUGGAACUUGGCAGUUCGUUGAGUCCGUCCAAGCCAAGCACGACAGUGCCAAUAGAGCUGCAGGGACCUAUGAAACCAAGGCACUGACCGUGACCAAGGAUGUCUACCGCGCGUUUUUGAUCGACAAGGUCUUACCGACGAUUGUCUCCAAGUGGCCAUGUCCCAACCGGCUGAUGCACCUUCAGCACGAUAAUGCGCGGGCUCAUGUCACCCCCGACGACGCAAAGAUCUUGGCUGCGUUCAGCAGCUACAGUACAACUGGUUGGAUGUUCUCGAUCAAACCACAACCUCCCAACUCACCCGACAUGAACAUCUUGAACCUUGGAUUCUUCGUCGCCAGCCAGUCGCUGCAACAUCAUAGGUCAGCCCACAAGGUGGACGAGUUCCAGCUCGUCGCCAAUGUCCAUGCAGCGUUCGAUACGUACCCUUUCGAGCGGUUGGACCGUACGUUCAUAACCCUCCAAGCGUGCCGAGAAGAUGAAGUGCUUUGGCGACAACGCCUACAAGGUGCCUCACCUGUCCAAGGUCAAACAAGCGCGGUUGGGACUGCUGCCUGA